UUUCACUAUUAAUAGCUACUGGUUUUUCCCAACACCAAACUGAACAAUAAUUCAUUUAACGUCAUUCAUUUUUGUCUGUAAACCUUCAUAGGAAAUUGAAUAAAAAGAUUGUGUAAACAUAUAAAAACCAAGGAAAAUAGGAAGGAUGUGAUGUGUUGUUGAUAACGAAAGUGUUACUUGUUUCUUGUAAAAAAAAAAAAAAACACAAGUGAAACCAAGCAGAGUAACGUUGAAGGGCAAAAAGUAAAUGGUAGAGGAGGGAAAUGAUAGCAUUAUAAAAGGAAAAGUGGAAGACAAAAUGGAAGAGGAAGCGAAAUGUGUCAAUGCUGGAAGAGCGGCCCAACCAGAAGCUCAUGGAGAUGAUCAUGAAAUGAUCAUACAAAAUUUAUGUGAAGAAAUUGAGGGAUUAAAAAGUGCUUUGAAAGAAAAGAAUAUGUCCAUGAUAAAACUGGGAGAAGAAAUUACGAAAAGAGAGGAUUUGAUAAGUCAGGAUAACAAAAGAUUUGCAGCAGUUGUCGAAGAAAAUCAAGAGCUCAAAAAAUCUUUAAGAGCUGAAACAAUGGAAAAAGAUCAAAUUCAAAUACAAUUAAGAACAAGUCUGGAUGACAAUCAACAGAAAGAUAUGCGUAAUGAAAACCUUAAGGAAAGUUUAAGAGAAAUGAAGAGUGAUUCAGAAAAAAGGGAUAUUAGAAACAAUGAGCUGGAAGCUAAGUUUAAAAAAUCUUAUAAAGAUCAGGCUUUUUUAUGUGUAAUAAUACUAUACUUGCUUAUUCAUAUAUUAUUCUUUGCCCCAACCCAAAAAAACUGUCAGUGCCAAGUUAGUGCUACUACGCAUAUCAUCCAAACUGAUGAAUCAUGCCAUGUAUUUAUAUCCCACCACUAUAGCUUCAUACAUAUUGAGUCAGAACCUACUAAGUCAGAAAAAAUUCUUCUUUUGGGUCCAAAGAGAACAGAAAAUAAAAAGAUCUAACACUCUUUUUACAUUCACAUAUAUUUCUGGGUACUUAAUGUUCAAUACUAAUAUUGCUGAUUACUCAUAUAUUAUUCUUUACAACCCAAAUUGUCAGAUCACUGGCUACAUUAUUGCUACUACACAUUUCCUCCAAACUAACAACUCCUGCACUAUAUUUGUAAUCUACUACUAUAGCUCCAUGCAUAUUCAUUCAGAAUUAUUCAGAAUUGUCUCUUUCGGGGCCCCGGUUACUAACAAAGAGUACAGAAGAUGAAAAGGUAACACUCAGUUGAUUUUCACAUAUUAAAACAUGGUGUGGGAUCUAUUUUCAUUUGCAAUAUAUGUUUAUUACAUCAUUACCUAACACAUUUACACAUGAGUAUUUAUGAUUGUGAUGGAUUUGCAUCUAGCUUAAUUCAUGGUUACUUGGCCACAAAUCUGAAACCAUUUCAGUUGACGUGCAUGCAAAUUUAAUGUAUAUGAACAACAUACAAAAAGUAAAAUGGCGUUAAUUGUCAGUACUUUAAAAUCCAUCCCUAAAUCAGCGAAGGAUGGAAACAUCUUUGAAUUAUACUUAAUUUUAUAAAUAUUUAUGUGUGUACAGUUUAAUGCAGAGUUUGAUUUGGGUGGGUUAUGUGGGUCACUAUGAUCUUAGUGAGGUAACAUCCCUACCCAAGAUGAAUACUUCCUUUCGGAAUACAAUUUAUAUUUUUGCAUUAUCUUAUAUAUUUUUUUUUCUAUAUAUAUUCACGUUGAGAAAGUUCUGAGGACAGGACGAAAUAUUCGUGUGCAAUAAAAUACUUAUGUUCCUCCAAUACGUCAACCGUUUCAUUUGAUUUUAUCAAUGUCUCUAUUAUUAUUUAAUUUACUGGGAACAUACGUGCUCGCAAUCACAUUGAUGUCUACUCUAUUUUUUUGGUAGAUAUACUAUAGCCCUUGAAGGCUUUUGCCACAAUAAAAGACUGAAUUAAACAUUUUUUUGUGUUUGCAUAGUAUGCUAAUAAUUUUUAAUUUAGAAAGUGAGUUUUAUGUAAAGUAUAUUUUUGCUAAUUGUAUUUUUUAGUAUUCUCUAUAUAUAGCAUCGUUUCCAGACAAUGUAAAUAUUUUUGAAUUACUGUAAUAUACUUUCUACAAACAUUUCAACUAAAACCCAGUCAAAUGCUGAGACCCCUCUAAUGCAAGGCAACUUCUUUAAAGUGCUAAUAAUAGCCUUUCAAUCAGUAACACAAUUAAAUCUGUAUUCUAACUCUGAUACCACCCCACAUUCUCAGGUCCAUAAUGUGCUCCUUGCAUGCAGAAAUGUUCCAAUUAUGUUUUUAUAUCAGCUACUUUCAAUCUGCACAUAAUCAUAUUACUACAAAUACAGAUAAUUUGUACAUAGCAGUACUGCCAUAAAGAGAACAUGGUAUUUUCAUACACAGGUUAGAAAUGUUGAAAGAAGAUAAAUAUAUUUACUUUUAACAUCAAACUAUAAGUACUGCUUAUAGUGGAUACUGAAGUCAUUUUAUAUAUAAUAUAAUACAUAAACAAACAUAUUGUUGUUAAAUCAGUUAUAUUUCAUGCAUUUUCCAGUUUUGAGGUAUGUAGUAUAAGAGGUUUUUGCUGCCGUGGAAUAUAAAAAUGUAUAAAAUACUGCCUUAAGAUGUAAAUAAUUACACAUUUUGAGAUUUUAAUGGAAGUAUACAAUAAUAUUCUAAUAAGUGAUGUAAGACAGUAGCCUACUGGCUCAUUGUAAUUACAAUUGUCAUUUCCUUGUUACUAUACUUCCAUAAUUGUUUGCCAUUUUAAUUUAAGUACAUAAUAGUAUUGGUAUUUGGUAUAAGAUAAACUGUUGGCUCAUCUGAAUUUGCUAUUUACUAUUAUUUCAUUUAAUUGAUUUUAUUUAUGAGAGAUAUAAAUUUAAAAUGGUAAAAAAUAUUCUGAAUUGCUGAAAUGUAAAUAAAUUCGCAUUUUGCCAUUUUGAUUUAUGCACAUUAGUACAGUAUUUUAUUAAGGAGUUUAAGAUGUUUUAGUAGACUGUUGGCUCAUCAAUUAAAAUAAAAUU